GUGUCUCUUCCGUUGUAUAUACUUAUACGUAUAUGCAUGAAUAAAUACCUAGAUAAAUAAUAUCGCUGUUAUUUAUUGAUAACCCUCGGACGAAAUGGCCGACACCGUCGACCAGCCUUACCCUACCGAAAAGGGAACUCACGAGACCAUCAUCAACGAGUCCUGGACCCCUGACCAACUGCCCAAAGGAUGGAUGUACAAACGUCGCGGCAGAAUACCAUGGUACGCUUCGCCCGCCGUCCAGCUAGGUCUAGUCGCUUUUGUGUGUUUCUUGUGCCCGGGUAUGUUUAAUGCUCUGGGUGGUCUUGGUGGUGGUGGUAAGACCGAUCCCGACCUGGCCGACAAGAUGAACGUCGCACUCAACUCGACUUUCUCCGUAGUCGGUUUCCUGGCUGGUACUAUUGUCAACCGUCUCGGUGUUCGUAUUUCCAUCGGCUUCGGUGGUCUCGGUUACUGCAUCUACGCCGGGUCUCUUCUUGCUUCUGUCCACCACAAUGUCCCCGGCUUCAACAUCUUUGCCGGCGCCUUCCUCGGUGUUUGCGCCGGUGUCCUCUGGGCUGCCCAGGGUGUCAUUAUGGUGUCCUACCCCACCGAAGCUCAAAAGGGCCGUUACUGGGCUUGGUUCUGGGCGAUCUUCAACAUCGGUGGCUGUAUCGGUAGUUUGAUCCCCCUCGGCCAGAAUAUCCAUGUCAAAACUGCCUCGACUGUCAGUGACGGCACCUACAUUGGUUUCAUCGUCUUGAUGGUUGCUGGCGCUUGCUUGGCACUUUUCCUCGUCGAUGCCGACAAAAUCAUUCGUUCCGACGGUACAAAGGUUAUUCUCAUGAAGAACCCAAGCUGGAUGUCCGAAAUCAAGGGCUUGUACGACUGCAUCCUUGCUGAGCCGUAUAUUCUCCUCUUGUUUCCCAUGAUGUGGUCCUCCAACUGGUUCUAUACCUACCAGGAAAACGCCAUUAACGCUGCUUACUUUGACACCCGUACGCGCGCCUUGAACGGUUUCCUGUACUGGUUCGCUCAGAUCUGUGCCGCCUCUGUUGUUGGUCCCUUGCUUGAUAACAAGAAGAUUCGACGUACCAUCCGUGCCCGCGUCAUGUUCGUGGUGCUUGUCGUCGUGACUGCUGCCAUCUAUGGUGGCGGCUGGGCCUGGCAGAAGAAAUACACCCGUGCCGAUGUGUCCAAGGACAGCGGAUUUGUACCUUGGGAUUGGACCACUCCUGGCUAUGUCGGACCUAUGUUCCUGUACUUCUUUUACGGAUGCUACGAUGCCAUUUGGCAAGGUUGCAUGUACUGGAUCAUGGGUGCCCUCUCCAAUUCCGGUCGUCGUACCGCCAACUACGUCGGAUUCUACAAGGGUCUCCAAUCCGCCGGUGCCGCCGUCAUGUGGUCCCUGGACUGGCACCACCUCUCCUAUGCCGGCGAAUGGGCAUCCAACAUAGGCUUGUUGCUUGGUUCUCUUGUCGUCGCUGCACCACUGAUUUUCAUUCGUAUCAAGGAUCAUGUCGAACUUGAGGCUGAUUUGGCUGAUGUUGAUGAGACUUUAGAGGACGUUUUGCCUACUAUCCCUAUUGAGAAGGCUCCUGAGAAGGUUUAAGCUUUCCAUUAACAUUGUUCGGUUGGAUAGAUAUCCGGUCUGACUACCAUUUAUCUCUUUCCUUUACAUAGUUGGACUUGUGAUGGAUGGUUAAUGAAUCUAUACCCUAUAUGCGACGAGUUGUCUAAUAUUCAAUACGAUGAACUGUUGGAUCUGC